CUCUAAAAUUCAUACUCCAUUUCGCUGUUCCGAGUCUCAGACAGCCCAAACCCUCACCCUUUUGUUCCUCUCUUCAUGCUUGCUCUCUCUCCUUCGUAUCUAUCUCUCCCCAAUUCCUAUAUGUCCAUUAAUGUUUCGAUGCCCUAGUACCCCUGAAACCUUGAAAACCUCCAUUUUCGAUCUCUCCGAUUUUUCUUUGCGUCCUGUGAAAUUCUCUUUUGAGUUCUCUACUCCCGUCGGGUUCUGUUUCCAAUCGCGCUCGUUGCAUCUUUGUGUUUCCUGAUAUUCUAUUCGAAUCUUCCUUCCAUUUCGAUUUCUUUUCUUUGAUUUUUGACCUUUAUCUGUUGCGAUGGCCGGAGGCAAGUUUGAUCUACCGGAAGAUCUUCUCUCCUUGAAAACGGUUGAUGUGCCGUGGAACAGUAAAGAGGAAGUCUCAUUAGGGAAUGAUGAGGGAAAGAUGCUUAUGGGGUUUCUUGAUGAGUCAAAAGAUCAAGCAACAUCAGAGAGUAGCAUACCUUUGUCUCCCCAAUGGCUCUAUGCCAAACCAAGCGAGACUAAAUCAGUUUUUUCUGGUGCACCAGGGGAUGUACGGGCACAAAAUUCUGUGCCUCAUGGAAGCUCCACAGAUCCAAUUCAGAAAGAGGGUUGGCGUUUAGAUGGAUCUCAGGAAAAAAAAGAUUGGAGGAGGGCUGCAACGGAGAUUGAAAGCACGCGCCGUUGGCGUGAGGAGGAGAGAGAAACUGGAUUACUAGGUAGAAGAGACCGAAGAAAAGAAGAUCGCCGUGUUGACAAUGUUUCAGUCCGUGAAGAGGCUAGAAAUUUGCCUUCCUCUGAUAGGUGGCAUGAUGUAAAUAAUCGUAGUUCUGCGCAUGAAACACGACGAGACAGCAAAUGGUCAUCAAGGUGGGGUCCAGAUGACAAAGAGAAGGAUUCUCGAGCUGACAAGAAGAUGGAAGUUGAGAAGGAAGAUGCCCAUAAUGACAAGCAAUCUUUCGUUGGCAUCAAUCGUGCAGCUCCUGAGCGCGAAACUGAUUCUCGUGACAAAUGGAGGCCACGUCACCGGUUAGAAGUUCAUUCUAGUGGCUCAACUGUGUACCGUGCUGCACCAGGAUUUGGGUUGGAGAGAGGGCGAGUGGAGGGUUCCAAUGUGGGAUUUGCUCCAGGACGAGGGAGGUCAAACCUCAUCGGAAGUCUUUCACUUAUUAGGCCUCCCUCUGCAGGUCCUAUUGGUGCUCCUUUAGAUAAGAAUGAAAAUAUGCAUGGGAAAUUUGGCCUCUCAGCAUAUAUGUUCUGUUAUCCCAGGGGGAAGCUUCUUGACAUUUACCGUAAACAAAAGCUUGUUCCAUCCUUUGCUGCACGACCCGAUGGGUCUGAAGAAGUAGCCACAAUAACUCAGGAAAGCCCUGUUGAGCCAUUGUCCUUUGUUACACCUGAUGAGGAAGAAGAGGCUGUCCUUAAUGAGAUUUGGAAAGGAAAAAUCACCAGCAGUGGAGUUGUAUAUAAUUCAUCUCGAGACAAGAUGGAAAGAUCAAAUGAAAAUUUGACAGGUCAUGGACUCGUUACAUCAACUGAGAGCAAGCAAGAAAAAGCACCUUCUAUUCGUGCCAUUGAGUCCAAUGAAUGCAUUGCAACUGCUGCAAUCAAUGAUCCUCGUCAGGGAAAUGCUGCUGGCUCCUUGGAUGGUUAUGCUUCACAAAUUUCUGUUUUUUAUGAAAGAGAUCUUUGUCUGGAGAAAGGUGAAAAUGAUGUUCUGGCUGGGAAGGGUGGGACACAGCCUGAUGACUUGACUCUUGGAGUUCCAAGGAUUAAUGAUGUUUUCACUGCUGGAGGUUUUGGUGGUGCUCGCAGUGAUUCCAAAAGUGGUGAAAAUCAGCAAUUAGAGGAUUCAGCUUUCCCCAAGUACCCUAGUUUAGGAGGCAUCAGGCCAGCUUCUAGUUUUGAUAUCAGUAGCAAGCUUCCUGAUGAUUCAAGUUCUCUUUUUGAUCUGUCUUCUGUCCCUCCAGCUUCUAGUAGUCAUAAACAAUAUUUGAAGAGCAAUGAUGAUGAAAACCUUUUAGAAAGGGGUGUCUCCCCUGAAGAAUUAAGUUUAUACUACUGUGAUCCUCAAGGAGAGAUCCAAGGACCAUUUCUGGGUGUUGAUAUCAUAUCUUGGUUUGAGCAAGGCUUUUUUGGGGCAGACUUACCAGUCUGUCUGUCAGAUUCUCCUGAAGGAACACCUUUUCAAGAACUUGGGGAAGUCAUGCCACAUUUGAAGACCAAAGUAGGUUCCUUUUCUAGUUCCAAUGUUGCUAUUCAGCUUGAGCCUUCUGAUGCUAUCGAGGGCAGUGUGAGUUCUGUUAUAACUGCUCCUGUUCCUGUGUCUGUUCCUGCACCCCCUGCUCCUGUUACUGCUCCUGCUCCUGCUUCUGUCCCUGCUCUUGUUGGUUCAGUUGGCAUAGAUGACCAGAGCUGGAUGUCUUCUGAAUUUGAAGGUCUUCCUGGUCACCAUAUUCACUCGAUAAUUUCUAAACGUGAUAAUCCACCGGAACCUCAUUAUUCUGAGAGUGAAAGCUUUCAUGAUUUUGUUGCACAAGAUGAGGAACUUUUGUUUCCUGGAAGGCCCGGGAGCAGUAGUGGAAACCCUAUUGCAAAACCUUCUGCUAACAUUCGUGAUAUGUUGCCAAAUACUGCCAGCCAACCUUUUCUUUCAAAUGAAUCGGUGCAAGAUACAAUGCCGAUUCACCAGGAUGGUACAGUGCAUCCUUUUGGCUUGUUGUGGUCUGAGCUUGAUGACAAUCAUCUGGGGCGUACACAAUCAUCAAAUAUGUCUUCCAGUGUUAGUGACCCGAGCCACCUUCUGAAUCCUCUUGGUGGAAGAGAUGCACCUUCUGCGAGUAAUAAACAGAGUUCAUUUGGUGCAGUGGUUGAUUUCCCCCUUGUUGGGGAUUCAUGGUCUGAUGGCUACAGAAGAAAUACAAUUUCAAACGCCCAUGUACAUAAAUUAUCACACCUGGAUCAAGAAUCCAAUCACUUUGAUCUAGCUGAGCACUUGAUUUCACAACAGUUACAAAAGCAACCACUUCAGCCGCAAAAUAUACUGUCUCAUCCUGCGCUGCACUUGAAUCCAUCAGUUCUAGAGCAGGUACCAGGUUCUGGUCUAUCUCAGAACAGGAAUCCUGUUCGCCACCAACAGUCUGCAAUGCCUGAUUUGGAACAUCUUUUGAAGCUUCAACUGCAGCGACAGUUUCUCCAGCAGCAGCAGCAACAACAGCAAUUGCAGCGGCAACAGCAGUUGCAACAGCAACAGCACCUUCAUCCCCAACAAAUGCAAUUGCAGCAGCACCAGCAGAAACAGUCUCAAGCUCGACAGUUGCUUCUCGAACAGUUGCAGCAUCAGCAGUUGCAACAGCAACAGCAACAACACCAGCACCUUCAUCCCCAACAAAUGCAAUUGCAGCAGCAACAGUCUCAAGCUCGGCAGUUGCUGCAUCAUCAAAUGUAUGAUCCAGGCUUUGCACAGUCACGUGUGGAUCCUGUCAGAGGUAACAACAUGCUCGAUCAGGAUUUGUUCAGGCAGCACCUUUUACAUGAAAUGCAACAGCAUUCCCAUCCUCUUCCCAGGCAUCUGGAUUUAUCUCUUGAACAGCUCAUACAAACGAAAUUUGGCCAGAGCCAACAGAGAGAACAUAAUGAUAUACUGGAGGUUCUAUCACGUGCGAAGCCGGGGCAAAUGCUUUCUUUGGAACAACAGCUGCUUCUUCAGCAAGAGCAGCUGCAGGCAAGACAGUUCUCUUUGGCAUCAAGGCAGCAUACUGGGAUGGAAGAGGAGGGGCGCCUUGAUGGGGUCUGGUCGGUGGAUGAAACUGGUCAUUUUGUUAGAAACACCCCCAGUCCUCACCAUCCUCAGUCUGCAGGUUUUGGUCUGUUGGAUUUUUACCAGCGACAGCCGAGGCCUUCCUCCUUUGAGGAGCAACUAGGCCAUCUUGAACGGAAUCUUGGAGUACAAGAACGAAUGCAGCGAGGGCUUUAUGAACCCAGCUCACUGCAAUUUGAGAGGUCAGCGUCUAUGCCUGUUGGGACUCCUGGAAUGAACUUGGAUGUUGUUAAUGCUUUGGCCCGUGCUCAAGACUUGCAGGAACGACUCAGCUAUAUGCACUCAGGCAAUCAAGUGAGUUCAUUUUCUUCUGGUGUUCACCCUCAUCACCCACAAGUUGCAAACCAGUUUCAUGCUUCACCUUCAGAUGUGAUAGAGAACCACUGGUCAGAGAGCAAUGAGCAGGCAGCACAUAGUUGGAGGGAAGCCAGGAUUCAGCAAAUGCAUCUUGAAGCAGUGCAGAAAAAAAGAGAAUCAGAAUUUAAUAUGAUUUCUGAAGGCCCUGGUUCAUGGGUAUCAGCUGAAGUAAUUGAUAACAAUUCAAAACGGUUGAUGUUGGACUUGCAUCCGAAGCUAGGUCUUCAUUCUACCCAGUCUGUAGAAAUGGGUGAUGGUGUUCCUGCAUCACUUGAAAGAAGAGAACCCUCUUGGCUGUUUUCUAACACAGGCUCUUUGGAUAAUCCAUUCAAUUUCCUCAAGGAGCCACAGCCUGAUCUUAGCAGUUCUUUUGUGGAGGGGUCUAGUGGCUCUAAUUUAGGGAACUUACUGCAGGAUCGGUUGGUAGAUGUGGGUAUUGAUGAGCAGUCUCGUGGUCGGGAAAGUGGUGAAAGAUUGUCCAUUAGAACUAAUUCUGGAGCUUUGAUUGAAGAUGAGCAGCUUCUUCCCGGCUUGAUUGAGGGUUCUCAGUCGUAUGUAGACUCUAACAUGACUGGUAAAUCAUCUGUAGAUAGGGACUUAUCAGAAACUAAGGAUGGGAAGAAGGGGAAGAAGCGCUUGUCCAAAAGUAAGGUUGCAACUAACAAGUUGGCCUCAGAGGUUCAAGAAAGCAUGGCUGAGCAAGCAGGAGUGGCUUCAGUAGAUCAUGCAGAUAUGCCGAUGAACCCCCGUAUCAGACAUACUUUACUUGGUACUGCUGGUGGAAAUGUGGGGCACUACAACUAUGAGAUGGGACUGGAUAGCACAUAUGGUGAAGAGAUGGCUAAGGACAGGGUAUCAUCCAUGCUAUCAAGAGGGAUGGAUAAUUCGUUGCCAAAACGUCCACCUGUCUCACGUGUUCUGUCAUCCCAUGAAGCAUUGUCGGAACUAGCCUCUGCCCCAUCCAUGAAAGGGAAAAAUCUGAUGACUAUUGCUCCUCCUGAUGAAGGGAGACGGGAAUCUGGAGGGAAUCUGGCAAGCCAGGCUUCUGAAACUCCUGCUUCGGGGAAGAAAGAUGUGCGAUUUCGGAGGACAUCAUCUUGCAGUGAUGCUGAUGUGUCGGAUACCUCAUUUAUAGAUAUGCUUAAAAGCUCUGUGAAGAAGCCAGUGCUGACAGAGGCUGAUAUUAUGGCUGGAGCCUCAGAGUCAUCUGAUAACACACAAGGGAGCCGGAGUAGUAAAAAGAAAGGGAAGAAAGGGAGGCAAAUUGAUCCUGCUCUCCUUGGUUUCAAAGUCUCCAGCAAUCGAAUCAUGAUGGGCGAGAUUCAACGCCUUGACGAUUUACUGUAAUUUUUUUAACCCAUCAAACUGUAC